AGCCUUUGUAUCUCUUCGAACCAUAAAUGAAUGAGCCGGAGCUCUGCCAUUAUCGAGAGGCGACAAAAGAUCAGAUCAAAUUCGUUCUCGUAAGAUGCAAAACGAUACAGGAUCUGACCCAAGAAUCAGGUAAGCACUUGGUUUGGCACGUUAUGCCUCACACGCUGUUCACACCGAAUUGCCCUUCGAGAACUUUCACACAAUACCGCUGCUCGCGUAAUCGUCGAAAACACGUCUUGCACUCACAGCCAGGAAAAUGUCUCAUGGCUCGCCUCCUUUCGAAAGAAAACAGGGUCAAAGUAGUGAUCACAAUGAUGACGGCAACACUACCUAUGGCGAUUCCGGUGAUGAGACCAUAGUUUGAGGACUGAGAUGCAGCGCCAGAUGCGCCUGAUAAGCCGGCCAUCGCCGGCGAAGGAAAAGUGCCGUUUGCGAAGCGAUCAAGCUGCUCCGAAGCGACAGACAAAUGCUGGGAGCAGAUCCUGACGAGGCUUGAUUCGAUCUUUUCAUGGUCAGCUUGCAAGACGGCAUAUUCACGGUUCUAGCUUCAGAACGCUUUGCGUACACUUUCAGCGUCUCCACCACUUAGUACGGCGUCGCAAAGCUGCAAAAAUGAGAUCAUGUUUGCAACAUCGGCUUGCUUGUUGCCAAGCUCGGCCGAUCCCUUGCCAGAACUGUGAAGGUGCCAAAGAUGACGACGGCGAGAGCACCAAAGACCUGGAGGAACCAUAGGAGAAUCCUUUGGCCCAAUGCUGCGCUUGAGAAGGACGAUUCCGACCCAGUCAGUGUUGGGGCUAAGCUCGUGGUUGACGACAUAAUUUCAACUGCCGUGCUUUACACUUGACCUUUGGUGAGCACUUGAGUUGCCUAGCACGAUUGUGGAGUAUAGAGUCAUACCAUAGCUUGUACUAGGUCCAAGAAAAUGCUCGGAGUGAUCGCGUCUCGGGAUGCUGUAGGAGCAGCAGGCGAAUGGCAAGAUUCCAAGACAGUAUAGGAAGACCUCCUAUAUUUGUCUAGAAGAUAGUGAGCACUGCGCUCAGUGCGUUGUGCAUCUUCAUCAACAUUCAUCGUCCAGCUCGGAACAUUGACUCCUAGGCUCCGCAUGCCAUCAUGUUUCAAACACCUUGUCGAAAAGCUUCUGGAUUAUUUGAAACAAUUCGUCGAGGCGUCCUUGUAGUUGCGUUGCAGGCACGCACGCUGUGUGGUUCGCAGACCCCAGGCUGUGCAUCUUCCCAAAGGCCAGAACGCGCGCAAUGGGUGCGCGCGAGCAAAGCCCUCCCCGCAAAGUUCGGGGCUGCGAGCCCCAGAAAGGAGUGAAGCCCUCGCUCGUUGACCCCUUACAGAUCUCUCCGGUUCGAACACUAGAUAUUGGUGGUUGAGGCAGCCUGCCGACGUUAUAACUUGGAAGGGGCAUGUGCAAGGAGCGCAUCUUUUUCUAGACAUCGACAACAAUGACCGAUACGGGGAUACACUUCAUGAAGGC